GAGUUCAUCAUCCUUCUACCGAUGAAAUCCACAGCUUUGGAUUUCAUCAACAUAGUGAUGAACUCCACAGCUGUGGAGUUCAUCAAUCCACUAUCCUCGGAUAUACCUCAGGUUUGCGGAAACGCAUUUGGUGACAUCUUUUCCCAGUACUACCUGCAAACAGACGGGGUAUUCUUUUGGUACGCUGCCCCGGAGAUUUGGGACCGUCAUUACACCAAGAAAUGUGACGUCUACUCCAUGGGUGUCAUGUUUGCCGCCAUGCUUGACCGUACCAUUACAACAAAAACUGUCGAUAGGAAACCCCUUCUAGUUGUCUGCAUCCAGGGGGAGCCAGUGGCCGAUGUGCAGCUUCGAAACCCCGAAAUCAACCUGGCAGAUCACAUCAUGAUAGGACAACCAGACAACAUGCUCAAACAAAUCAUUCUUCGCAUGAUGGCAUAUGACUAUCAUGCCCGCCCCACCGCAGCGGAAGUCAACACAUCAAUUCGUCAAACACAGUCGGAGCCAUGUACACUGUCGUGAGGCAAGUGUACGUGCAUGCAUGUUAUCUUCCUGUUUGAUGGGUCAUAUUAACUCUGCCAGAAAAUGAUUGAAAAUACAACUUCGUUACAC